AUAUUGCCUCUCUCGAUUGUAAACGUAAACAAAAUCUGUUGUUGGGAAAGCUGUUGUAAAUUUUACACAUAUUUUGUCUUGAUCACAAUGACUACUAAUAAAAUUAACCAGAAAGAGUAUCUCAAGCGUUACCUUUCAAACGAGAAGGACUCGAAGAAAAAAAAGAAAAAGAAGAGAGAUAAGCAGACAACGGAUAAAUCGAACGUUAGGAUAAUUGACACGGAUGAUUUCAAUAACCACAUCCAACCCAAUAAUGAGGACGAGUCGGAUUUAUUUGCCAUGGGAGAUGAGGCACCACAAAUAGUGGGCAUUAUUGAUGACCGCCCGCCGGAACUCAAAGCGAAAGAAGAUUUCAACAGCAGCAGGUGGAAAAAGCUGUCCGAAGAUAGUGGCAAUAGCUUCACAAAUGCUAUGUCGAGCAAAGGAAAGCCAAUGAUGGAAAUGUGGGGAGCAAAGAAAAAUGCACUCACAAAUGAGCGUAGUCGUGCAGAUCGGAUGGAUUCUGAUGAAAGCCCACCCCGGAGAGGAAAAGUUCCUAGUCAUUCGAAGGAUCUUCGAAACAACUCGAAGCGCAAUUCAGAUGAAAGUCCUCCAAGAGCGAAAAAAUCACAGCGGUAUUCAGACCAAAUGCCUUCGAGAGAAAGACAUAGAAAAUCGAGAAGUGAUUCCGAUGAGAGUCCUCCUAGAAGCAAUAAACAUAGAAGAGAGAGGGAUUUAAGCGGAGUCAAUAGCAACAGAAGCAAACAGCACGAAUGUUCUUCGAAGAACACCCGUUCAGAUUCUGAUGUCAGUCCCCCAAGACGAAAAGGUGGCAGAACUAUAGAAAGCAUGUCAAGAGAUGUGAAAAGAGAAUACGACUCAGAUCAAAGCCCUCCGAGGAGAACAAUAAACGAAAAAUCUCGAAGAAAUCGUUCUCCUAGUAAAGCUCACAAAAAAAACAGACAAUCGAAUGUCGAGAAUCCUAGAAGGAAGACAGGAGAGAACAAAUCACGUCAAGGCUCGGAUUCGGAUCAAAGCCCACCUAGAAAAAGACAAGAAGCACGAUAUGGCACAUCGCGAAAGGACUCCGAUGAGAGUCCUCCUAGGAGACGACAAGAAUCAAGAAGACGGUCGGAUUCAGAUGAAAGUCCACCGAGACGAGUGACAAUUAAGCAAGAAAGAAACGCUUCCCCUGUGCGCAGUCGUGCUUCUGAAAUUCCGACGAGACAAAUCAAGCAAGAACCAAUCGAUUCCGAUGAGAGUCCUCCAAGAAAACCAAGCAAAUCAUCCAGACAUGAAUCACGUUCCCGAUCCCGGGAUCGAGCUAUAUCCAGCGGGAGAAUGGUAACCACACUGGAGGGUAAAAGAGCUGGGUUGCAAGAUGCGAGAGAUUUGAGGGUAGAGAACGAGAGGUUUCGUGAGCGGGAGAAUGAGUUGUUUGAUAGCAUGUCUGCAGAAGUAUCCGGCCGGUUCGCAAAAACAAGGGUGCGCGAAAAAUCUGGCAAACGAAGAGACGUCGAGGAAGAACUGCGCAAGGAGUUUGAGAAGCGAAAGCGAGAUGAAAAAAAGAAAGAAGUGUAUACCAGAUGGGGUAAAGGAGUAAAGCAAGUUGAAGAUUAUAAGACGCAACUUGAAGAAGCCGCGCAUGAAAUGAGCAAGCCAUUAGCUAGAUACGCUAAUGACGAGGACCUGGACGACUACCUCAAAAAGCAGGAACGUGAUGGAGACCCAAUGUUGAAUUACAUGCGCAGUAAGAAAAAGGAUAAAGACCGUCAAGAAGGUCGUCCGGAGAAACCCUUAUACAAGGGAUCAUUUGCCGAUAAUCGGUUCGGAAUUCGACCUGGUUAUCGUUGGGAUGGUGUGGAUAGAUCGAAUGGUUUCGAGAAGAAAUGGUUCGAAAUGAUGAGCAAGAAGAAAGCUGUGGAAGAGGAAGCUUACAAAUACAGUGUAGAAGAUAUGUGAAGCAGGGUGUCACGAUUAAUACUAAUUGAAUUAUAACCAUCAGAUUUUCUAUCUGUUGCAGAUACAGAAACUAAUUUCGAAGCAGUCCUUUUUAUGAUCAGCUCAAACUAAAAAAUAUUGUUAUUCAAUAAACUUACAAUAAUUCAAUAAUACUAUUUUGCUUACAAAACAGUUUCUUUUUCAGUUCUCGUGCUCGCACCUAUUUUCCUGAUUUUUUCCACGCUUCUAGUAUUUUGCCUCGCCUUGCUUAAAUUUCUCCUAAUUUCUUCCUGUAAUUUUAUGAAAAUUUCACAUCCAGAAUACGCACUACAAAUCCACCUAU